AUGAGCACCGAUCGCCGUCUCAGAGAUCAUGUUUCUAGUGUCUUCACCACUUUCAAAACUAUAAACUGUUCGCAGCGGCAGCCCUUGGCUCCAAGGUCUGUCAAUUUAUCCAACUUGGUCGAAGCCCAAAAAUCGCAUCAGCAUGACAGCUGCGAGAUUUCCACAACAAUUAACCAAAGUUCUCUCUCAGAUCUUAUAGUCAAGUCGCAAAUUCCAAUUUCACGUCAGGAGCACUGUUUAAGAUCUGUUGCCGGUCUUUUAAGUGAGGAUCGUACUUUGCAGUUUGCGAAAUCUAGGAGUCGCAGUCGACCUCGAAAAAAGAUUCAGCAAUCGGCUUCUGACAGCCGUGGAUUGGCUCACCGUGUUUCAAAAAGUGUAAAUGCAUUCGAGACCAAGCUGAGACUUCAGCGACAUAGAUCAACACCAGUUCAAUUUGACAUAUUCCUUUACGCGAGAUCAACAAAGCCUCUGUCACCCACGGAAAUCAUGGUAGUCACUGAAGAUUCGAACAAUCAAAAUGUGCUUAUACUGCAUAGUCAUAUAUCUUCUGAUAUUUCCAAGCGACGAGGACCGUUAAAGCUUCUGCUGAGCUCUCAAUCGAGUUUAACUCUAUAUCCGGGUCUCAAAUGGUAUUUUGAAUGGCAAGUCUUAUGA